AUGCCGGGCCAAGAGAACACUAACAACGGAAGCAACAGCCAAAACUGGCGCCGCAAAACGCCUGCUGGUGGGCGCAAGGACAGCGACGCCGAGCACAAGAAGAAAAAACCGCGCCGUGGCGGUCGUCGCAACAACGGCAACAAGAACGCCAAUACCAAUGCCAAUGAUAACGUAAACGGCCAGACCAAGGAGGCGCCUGUCGCUGCGUCUCCUGUAAAGCAGGAGGCUCCUGUCGAGGCUUCCAAGCCCGCGAACCUGGACUACUUGUCGGAUGUUCUGUUUGCGUCGCUUGACAUCUCGGCCAAGACCAAGCGCGCCAUCGUGGACGAUCUCAAAUAUGUACGCCUCACUAAUGUACAGAACGAGACGUUCCCGCUGAUUGUGGAGGGCAAGGACGUGCUGGCAAAGGCCAAGACGGGCAACGGAAAGACAAUCGCCUUCCUGCUGCCCGUGAUCGAGAACAUGGUCAAGGAAGGUCGUCGCUCCGGCGUCAUCCCCACUUUGGCAAUCUCUCCCACACGUGAGUUGGCUCUUCAGAUCGCCACGGAGGCCAAGCGCCUCACGAAGUACCACGACUUCAACGUCGCUUGCUUCGUGGGCGGUGCCAAUAUCAAGAAGGAUGAGCGCGCGCUCACCAGUAGCACGCCAAUUGACAUCCUGGUGGCCACACCCGGACGUCUAGUCGACCACUUGAAGCAGAACACUGGCAAGAUUGCCAACCGCCUGGGCAAGGCCAGUGUCUUGAUUCUGGAUGAAGCCGACCGACUGCUGGACAUGGGUUUCCGCCCCGAUGUCAUGCGCAUCAUUGGAUAUCUUCCCAAGGAGCGUCAGACGCUGCUGUUCAGCGCCACUUUGCCUGCCUCUACGGAGGAGCUCAAGCAGGUCGCUCUACGCAAAGACUACUCGUUCGUGGACACAAUCGACGAGAACGAGGCGGAUACCAACGUCCAGACCGAGCAGGAGUACAUCGUAUGCAAGAUGGGGGAAGUGAUCCCGAUGGUAGAGCGUGUGUUGGCGGAGCACAUGAAAUUGGCAGCGUACAAGGUGAUGCUGUUCUUCCCAACGGCUCGUUCGGCGCAAUUCAUGGCGCAGCUCUUCCAAGCGGCGGGAUACCCUGGUGUCCUCGAGAUUCACUCGCGUAAGAGUCAAGCGGUGCGCACGAAGACCGCAGAGGCUUUCCGUAAGGGCAAGAAGGUAAUGAUGUUUUCAUCGGACGUGUCGGCUCGUGGUGUGGACUACCCGGAUGUGUCGCUCGUACUGCAAGUGGGUCUGACUGACCGUGACCAGUACAUCCACCGUCUUGGACGUACGGCGCGUGCUGGUAUGAAGGGAAAAGGUGUUCUUAUCCUGACUGAGUUCGAGACGCCUUUGUUGGACAAGCUGGCGGAUUUGCCUUUGUUACAAAGCAAGAACCACUCUCCGGAGAUGCUGGUGCCGUCGCAGUCGCGUGCAUUGGAGGUCACCAAGAACCUCAAGAACUACAGUGACGUGGAGAAGUCAGCCCAGCAGUCAUACCAGGCGUGGCUCGGUUUCUACAACUCGCACGCGAGGCGUCUAAAACUUAAGUCUGUGGAACUCGUUCAGCUUGCUGCCGAUUACAGCCGUAAUAUCGGUCUGGACGAAGUGCCUAAGCUCGAGAAGAAGACCCUCAAGAAGAUGAAUCUCCUCGGCGUUCCCGGCAUCGAGCCGUCGCCAUACACGCGUGACAACGGCGGUAACCAAAAUGGUGGCCGCAAUGGUGGUGGGAACCGUGGCGGCUAUGGUCGCAGAUAA